AUGUUCACCGGUUUAGUUGAACAAGUUGGAACGGUCCUUGAAUACAAGGACCAAGAUACCUCAGCAUCUGGAGGCAAUGGUGUUUCUAUGACUAUUGGAGAUUGCGCGUCGAUCUUAACUGAUGUUCACUUAGGAGACUCGAUUUGCACCAAUGGAGUUUGUUUGACUGUGACUGAGUUCAAUGAAGAACAGACGCAGUUUAAAGUCGGGAUUGCACCUGAGACCUUAAGAAGAUCCAACCUUGGAGACUUGAAGGUUGACAGCAAGGUGAAUUUGGAGAGAGCAGUUAAUAGCGAGGUCCGGAUGGGAGGGCAUGUUGUACAAGGACAUGUAGAUACGGUAGCUGAAAUCACCAAGAGAGUGCCCGAUGGCAAUGCAAUCACUUUUACCUUCCGGUUGAGAGACAAGGAGUACAUGAGCUACAUUGUGGAGAAAGGAUUCAUUGCGAUUGAUGGGACGUCUUUGACGGUGACGGAUGUCAACUACGAUACGAGUGAAUUUUCCAUCAUGAUGGUCAGCUACACUCAGGCCAAGGUUAUAAUGCCAUUGAAACAUCAAGGAGCCACCGUUAACAUUGAAGUGGAUUUGACGGGAAAGUUGAUCGAAAAGCAGAUCGAGAUCAAUUUGGCCAACCAGAUCGAGAACGAAAACAGUGCUUUGAGCAAGUUAAUUUCGUCUAUCAUUGACAAGAAGCUUUCCCAGAUUAGUAAGUAG